CUUUGGUACAAAUUUCACAAAAUACGUUAGUUUUAUAAAUAUGCAAAAAGCCGAACCUCUUAUUCCAUUUGAAACGAAGCGAGAGAAGUGAAGAAUGCUACUUCUCGUCAUUUUCUUUGUCUCAUUCUUUCUCCUCCUCUUUCUCUUCUUCAGAUUCGCCACUGCUUAUGGCGACUUCACUUUAAUGUCGAAGAACCAUCUCAACCGAGAGGAAAUUGAAGAUAAGGUCGUUUGGAUUACUGGUGCUAGCCGAGGAAUUGGGGAGGUUCUUGCAAAACAACUUGCUGCUUUGGGAGCCAAGCUUAUUAUUUCUGCACGGGAUGAAGCUGGGUUAGAGAGAGUGAAGAGCGAGCUCUCUGGUAAAUUUGCACCUAAUGAAGUGAAAAUUUUACCCUUAGAUUUGGCAUCUGGGGAAAAUAAGUUGAAAGAGGCGGUAGAGUUAGCAGAGUCCUUUUUUCCCGGCUCUGGUGUGGAUUAUAUGAUCCAUAAUGCAGCUUUUGAGCGUCCCAAAACUACAGCUUUGGAUGUAUCUGAGGAAAGUUUGAAGACAACGUUUGAUGUCAAUGUUAUUGGGACCAUUUCUCUCACACGGCUUCUAGCACCUUUUAUGUUACGACGGGGACGAGGUCAUUUUGUUGUUAUGAGCAGUGCUGCAGGAAAGACACCUGCUCCUGGACAGGCUGUAUAUUCUGCAUCAAAGCAUGCUCUGAAUGGUUAUUUUCAUUCUUUACGAUCAGAGCUCUACCAGAAGGGUAUUAGAGUGACCGUUGUUUGUCCUGGGCCAAUUGAAACGUCAACUGGCUCAGGUGCUGAAGUCAUGGGGAAGAAAGGUGUAUCUGAGAAGCGACUUUCAUCAGAAAAAUGUGCUCAGUUAACAAUUAUUGCUGCCACCCAUAAUCUAAAAGAAGUUUGGAUAUCAUAUCAGCCCGUCCUUGCUGUUAUGUAUUUGGUUCAAUAUACGCCAACGGUGGGCUACUGGCUCAUGGAUAAGAUUGGAGGGAAUCGUGUUGAAGCGGCUGCUAAGAAGGGGAACACUUACUCGCUGAGUUUGUUAUUUGGGAAAAACAAGUCAUCUUAAAGUAUGACUUCACCGUAGUUCAAAAUUUUCAAGAAUAACUUUUCUUUUAUAUAUAUAUAUAUAUAUAUAUAUAUAUAUAUAUAUAUAUAGAUAGAUAGAUAGAUAGAUAAAGUAGAUAUAUAAACAGAUACUCAUCUCCAUUACGCAAUGCAAUGAAUAGCUGAAAAGCAUGCAAAAGUGAUGCACAAGUACGUUCUUUUCUUUUCUUUUCUUUUUUUUUUUGUUUGUUCUAAUUUAUAUGUUAAAAGUAAUUUAAGGUAUGUGAUUUGGGACGGGCUUUCAAUAAGAAAACACUCAUCUUUUGUC